AUGACCCUAAUCGUUGCGUCAUUAUUUUUACCAUAUGCUCCUCAAUUUGAAGUAAACGCUACUAAGGAUGAAGCUGCAGAUUUGGUAGAAAGUAAAUUGGUGAAAGUCUUACCAGAAUCCGAGGCGAAGUUGAGAAAGAAACGUACUAGUUCAGUGCAUUCAAAUACCCCUUUUAGUCCAACACAAUCUAUAUCAAGUUUAAAAGAAUCAGAUAAUAAUGAAAGAAGAACUUCAUUACCUCAAAGUUCCGAAGCUUCUACGGCGGUUACAACAGCUACCUCACCAGUAAUUGAUACACCUACGAUGACGUCUGAUCAAUUUUUAGAAAAUUUAACAGCAAAUGCUACAGCUGUACUUCCAGUUGCAAAUGGUAUUAAUCCAGGCAUUGGUAAUGAUACUACUGUCAAUCCAUUGGGAGCUCCAACUCGUGCUUCUGAUGAAGAAUUUUUUGCAACUCAUGCGGAUAGUAUUGAUGGCAAUGAUGAUGAAUCCUCUAUGGAUGGUAUGUCGCCAUUCCCAACCAAUAACUUAGAUGACCCACUUUCAAAAUUAACUAAUAAACCUGUAGUAUAUUCUUCUGUGGGUACUGGCCAUAGUGCUGGCUCAAGUUCUUCUGGUACCAUUAUUACCCCUAAAUCUAGAUCUGUUCCAGAUUAUGAUAGUGCUGUUGUCGAUGUAUCAAAGAUUAAAGAAAAACAUCAAGGUAUGUUUAGUAAUUUACCUUCAAUGAAACGGACUUCUUUUUCUAGUAGUCAAUCGACUAAAAAACAAGAAAUGGGAGAUUUAUCUCAACAUUUCCCAAAUGGUUUACCGAAGGCUAUCGAAGAAUCUAAUAGAAGUGAUUCUGAUGAAGAUUCAGAUUUAGAGAUGGAUGCGAAUGAAUUAUAUGUUGUACCUAAAUUUGGUGGGUAUUCAUCAUUAUCGAAGGCUAAGAUUAAUUUAAGACAUUCUCAUGAAAUUUUUUCGCAAAUUCCUUGGAAAAUUGUUCCCUCUCACAAGGGCAAUGGAGCCAUGAAAAAUGCAAUUAGUAUUGCAUCCACGGAGAAGACUAUUCACGAUCCAGUAAUGUGGGUAGGUACUGUAGGUAUACCAACUGAUGAAAUUCCAAUUGAUAUCUCAAAGAAAAUAACCGAUGAAUUAAGAACAAAAUAUAACUCAACUGCUGUUAUCACAGAUGAUAUUACAUUUAAAGGUGCUUACAAAAAUUUCUGUAAGCAAAUUUUGUGGCCUACUUUACAUUAUAUUAUUCCAGAUAAUCCAAAUUCUAAGGCCUUUGAAGAUCAUUCUUGGAAUUAUUACCAACACUUAAAUCAACAGUUUGCUGAUAAAAUUAUUGAGACCUAUAAAGAAGGCGAUACUAUUUGGGUCCAAGAUUACCAUUUGAUGUUAGUACCAGCAAUGAUAAGAAAAGUAUUACCAAAAGCCAAAAUUGGGUUUUUCUUGCAUGUAUCAUUCCCAAGUAGUGAAGUCUUUAGAGUUUUCGCUCAUAGAGAAGAAAUCUUAGAAGGUAUCAUUGGAGCUAACUCAGUGGGUUUCCAGAAUAAGGAAUAUGCCAGACAUUUCUUACAAACAGCAAAUAGAUUGAUUAUGGCUGAUGUUUCCCCUGAAGAACUUAAAUACAAUGGAAAUAUUGUCUCUGUUACACACACACCAGUAGGUGUCGAUUUUUUCACAAUGAAUAACGAAUUAAUGAAUGAUAAUGUCAAGAAAUGGAGACAGAUGAUCAGAAGAAGAUGGAAUGGUAAGAAAUUGAUUGUCUGUAGGGAUCAAUUUGAUGCGAUUAGAGGUAUAGAUAGAAAGAUGCUUGCUUAUGAACGUUUUCUAAAUGAGAACCCUGAAUAUAUUGAUAAGAUUGUAUUGAUUCAAAUAUGUCUAAGUAAAUAUGAAAGUGUUGAGUUGGAAAGACAGGUGAUGGUUAUUGUCGAUAGAAUUAACUCAUUAUCUUCUAAUAUUAGUUCUUCUCAACCUGUUGUCAUCUUACACCAGGAAAUCGAUUUCCCUCAAUAUCUUGCGCUAAGUGCAGAAGCAGAUUUAUUUUUGAUUUCAUCACUAAGAGAAGGUAUGAAUUUAACCUGUCAUGAAUUUGUUGUUUGUUCAGAAGAUAAGAAUGCGCCUUUAUUAUUAUCAGAAUUUACUGGGAGUGCUUCAGUACUUAAGGAAGGUUCUAUACUGGUAAACCCUUGGGACACAGAACUAAUGGCCACCUCUAUAAAAAGAGCACUAGAUAUGAAGUAUGACGAAAAGAGACGUAAUUGGAAGAAAUUAAUGAAGAGCGUUAUCAAUAAUGACUCGGAUAAUUGGAUUGCAUCGUCUCUGAAUAGUAUCAACGCUGCUUGGGACUUCAAUGAAGAAAGGUCAACCGUUUUUAAUCUUUCUGAAUCUGCUUUAUCUGCAGAUUAUAAGAGGACAAGAAACCAUCUGUUUAUAUUUAAGAUAUCUGACCCUCCAAAUUCUAGAACUUUGGCUAUGUUGACGGAAUUAGGUUCUAAAAAUACCGUGUUUGUAUUAAGUCAUCUUUCAAAGGCUACCGUGGAGAGUCUCUAUAGUCGUGUCUUAAAUAUUGGUUUAAUUGUUGAAAAUGGUGCUUAUGUUAGAAUUGACGGUACAUGGCAUAAUAUUGUUCAACAUAUUGACUGGAUUAAGGAGGUGGUCAAGAUUUUAGAUGAUAAAAUUGAGAGAUUGCCAGGUUCUUAUUAUAAGAUUGCGGAUUCUAUGGUCAGAUUCCACACUGAAAAUGUUGAAGAUAAAGAUCGUAUUGCUGGUGUAGUUGGUGAAGCAAUCACACACAUCAACACAUUAUAUGAUAAGAAGGGUAUACAUGCACAUGUAUACAAAAAUAUUGUCUUUGUGCAAGAAAUAGGUCUAUCAGUUGAGGCUUUACGUUUUAUCUUCAAGUACUACAACAAUUCAUCUAACGUUAAUAAGAGCCCAAUGAAAACAGUCGGAGGUAGUGGUGAAAAUCCUGGUGACAUUGAGUUUGCUUGUAUUACAGGAUCUUCUUCUCCAAUAAUAGAACCACUUUUCAAAAAAAUCAAUGACAAGGUUAAUUCAGGAACUCUUAGAGUUGGAUACAGUAUAGUGUACGGUGAACCAACGUCAACAUACGCUAAAGAGCACGUUAACGGUUUGAAUGAAUUAUUCACACUAAUUAAAGCUACCUCCAAAUGA